UUCAAUCGGGUAUGGCCUACUAAAUAAGAGUCACAUGAGCAGAAAGUGGGAAAUGGGUUUUCAAGUAGUGUCCAUGGUUAUUGGGUGUGUUUUAACACUAUAUGCACAUUCAAGUUACCAGCAUAAUCCAGGUUCCAAUGGCUGUAUGCUGAAGGCUUUUGGUGGGAAUGCUUUUGUCUGUGUUUGUAACUCCACAUAUUGUGACAAGGUGGAGAACACCGACCCACAAAAGGCAAGCAAGGGAGGCUACUCCAUGUACCAGUCCGACAUCACAGGGAAGCGCCUACUUCAUAGCUAUGGCAGUGCUAGCAAACAGGCCUGUGGAUUAGAGGUCUUGGUGAAUCUGAACAACACGUUUCAGUCCAUCAUUGGCUUUGGUGGAGCCUUCACUGAUGCCGCAGGGAUCAACAUCCAGUCCUUGUCGGCCAGCACUCAGAAGAACUUGCUGGCUUCCUACUUUUCAACAGAAGGUAUUGAGUAUACAUUGGGAAGAAUUCCUAUGGCUAGCUGUGAUUUUUCCAUGCAUCCAUAUUCCUAUGAUGACAAUAGCGGGGAUUUCAAUUUGACCAAAUUUUCGUUAACCCAAGAAGACAAAAAGUUUAAAAUUCCUAUCAUACAAGCAGUCAUGAGGACAUACAAAAGAAACUUGACAUUAUUUGCGAGCCCCUGGAGUGCUCCCGCCUGGAUGAAAACCAACAAAAACAUGACUGGGAAGGGGACCCUGGUUGGAGAGCCCGGCGGGCCAUACUUCAAGACCUGGGCAAUGUAUUUUGUGAAGUUUUUGAAAGCUUAUGCUAAGGAAGGUAUUCCUAUCUGGGGUGUAACCGGGCAGAACGAGCCUACUGAUGGGUUCAUCACAAACUUCUCAUUUCAAGCUAUGGGCUGGACACCUGAAAUGCAGAGAGACUUCAUUGUGAAGGAUCUGGGUCCUGCACUACAACAGAACUCUCUUGGGCAUGUGAAAAUAAUGAUUCUAGAUGACUCCAGACUGCAGCUCCCAUACUGGGCAGAACAGGUUUUCAGAAGUGAGGAAGCCAGAAAAUAUGUAUCAGGAGUAGCUGUUCACUGGUAUCAGGAUUUUAUAACCCCAGCUGUGGCCCUCUCCAGUACCCAUAAAAAAUUCCCAGAGAAAUUCAUACUAGCUACUGAGGCCUGCUCUGGGGCCAUGCCAUGGGAUAUCCCCAAAGUAUCUCUAGGGAGCUGGAAAAGAGGCGAGGACUACGCUCAUGAUAUUAUACAGGACUUGAAUAACUUUGUAAGUGGGUGGACCGACUGGAACAUUGCCCUGAACAUGGAGGGUGGACCAAACUGGGUAAAAAACUUUGUAGACAGUCCAGUGAUUGUUAAUGCUAAGAGCGAUGAAUUCUACAAGCAACCUAUGUUUUAUGCACUAGGCCAUUUCAGCAAGUUUAUUCUACCCAUGUCAAAAAGAGUUGAGCUGGUACCAAACCAAAAUCUUCCAAAAGAUAUGUACAUUGUUGGAUUUCAAAGACCAGACAAAGCCAUUGCUUGUAUAUUACUCAACAGUUCAUUAAAAACUAGAGAUGAUUUUCUCAGGUAAAGAACAGACUACCUGAUCAAAUGAAAAUAUAACAUUGGCACUUCGAGAUCCUUCCACAGGGUAUAUAAAUACUGACCUAACACCUCAUUCAAUACAGACUGUAUUGUGGUGGCCUUCCUAGCCAUGUUGGCUGUAACAAUCAUUUGAUGUCUUCAGUUAUUGAUCAUCUGUGAUAGUCUGAACAGUGCAAUAUACAAGUAUAUUAAUUUUUCUUUCAUCUUCCUUGUUUAUUUUUUUAUUAUGAAUCCAUUGUGAAAGUCAGUAUAAUGUAUAACAUUGUAUAUAUACGCUUUCCAAUGACUUUGUUUGUAAUAAAUGUACUACAAAUCAAAAUU